UAGAUAAUAAGCCCGGAAACAACACGUUGGAUAAGUAUAUCCAGCUACCAGUACAUGCAUUUUCCCAAUUACAAAAUCAUAAAUAAUCCAGCAUGAGAAAUGGAGGUCAAUCAAUGAGAUUAGUAAUAUGGAAAAUUGAAGAAGUUUUAAUGGAAAUGAAAAUCAAAAUCUCAAGCCCUAGAAAAUAUAGUAGCAAGAGGUAACAUUAAUAUUUGAGAAAUAAGGGCCGUCCAACACAUGCAAGAACUUAAAUAUAUCUCUUGCAAAUAUUAAUAAUGGUGUGGUUGAAUUUGUUAGAAAUUAAGUGAUGCUUUAAUGGCUGUUGCUGAGCUUUCCCUGUUACUUUGUAUGUAUCUGUAUCUAUACAUCCCUACACACACUAAACACACACACCGACUCCCCAGCCAAUGAAUGACGGCCUUCCCUCCAGUUUUGCUUAAUUGCAAUAUUUACUGCAAAUUUCCAUUCCUGCUCUCUACCAUCUUGGGAUUUUUUCCAACAAUUAAUACAAUUUACUCAUUUUCUCUCUUUCUCUUCUACAUCCACCCCUCACCUUAAUUUAAUUCAGCAUUAAAUCAAUCCCAUUAUAUUUUCUCCUAUAUAUAUGUACCAUGGUCCUAGACUUCCUAAGCCAACAACCUCAGCCACUUCAUGUUGUGGCAGUUGCUGACUCUACUGGCCACAACCACCGUAUAGAAGCUGCGCGACUAUCGACACCUUCAGGUAUAUCUAAUUCUCCGAACGUGUAUGUAGCAACUCAAUCGACUAUAUGAUUCAUGCUCAUAUCGGCAAUAUAUUUUCGUCUAUUUGAUCCAAAGGUAAAGCGAACGGACAAACCUUGAAACGAUGAGCCGAAGGAACGGAGCGAAGCUUGAUCUCAAGUUGAACUUGUCCCCGCCGAGGGCUGGGCGCCGCGUUAGCGAGGAGUCCCCAAGGAGGCGCUCACCGUCUGUUUCGCCAACGAGCUCAUGUGUCUCAUCGGAGGCGAACCACCAGGAGGAUCAGUUCCGCUACUUGGAGGGCCAUGAGGAGAACUCGAUGAUGCUGGUGGGAUGCCCCCGUUGCCUCAUGUAUGUGAUGCUGUCGGAGGAGGAUCCGAGGUGCCCCCAGUGCAAGAGCACUGUGCUGCUCGACUUCCUCCAUGACACCGCCACCUCCGCCACCAAAAACAACAAGAAUUAGAAACCAGCGACUCCAAAACAGGAAUAAGGAAAUUUUAAAGAUUCUGCUUUAAUCCAGUUACUUUUAAAAAAAGAAAAAGAAUCAAAUCAGAAUGCAGUUAUUUCCAGAGGUAGUUAGCUAGUAGCACUAUUGUUGCUCCGCUUCUCCACCGGCAUGUACAAGGAGCAGUGGAGCCUUAAUAGUGCUACUUUUAUUUCUCCGUUUUUAAAUUAGUUUUGUUCCAUUUCUAUUAAGCAUAGGAAGCAGAUUGCCAUGGCUAUGCAUAACAAAGUUUUAUUUA